CCAUUACGCAACUUUCGAUCCCAUAAGACAUUUCGGAACCAAGAUGGCAGCGUCCUAGAAAAACACACCUGACAAGAAUGCAGAUUUUUCUCAAAGUCCUUUCAAACGUUAUCCGUUCCAACAAGGAAGUCAUCAGCUUGGUACAGACACGGGCAAGAUUACGAAGAUGAUCAGGAUCGUGAGUCUCGCCUGCCGGGUGGGAACCAGUGCCACAGCUGCCUGUGGUAACAGCGGUUCUCCUGUGUUUACAUAUCCCGCCAAACAAGUUCUCAUCUCCAGACCUGGAUCUUCACUCGGACACAGGUGCUGGUCUAGUCUUCAAACCGGCCUAGGUAUCAAGAAAUCUUCCGUUAACAUCGCGAGGAGUUACAGGCUGCCCAGUGGAACAACCGCGAGGACAUCCCAGACGAAGUCAUUUUGUGGGUGUGGCGGACAACACGUGCCAUUUUCCCACCAGGCUGGGAAGUCUGGAGGCGUGAGUGGUUUAUUUGCCAACAGAAAUAUCAUAUCCUUUGCUGGGUUUAGUCGGGGCUUUAGAUUAGGACGUAGCUCACGCCAGAAGUCUACACAGGGUUCACAGAAUGUGGCGAAAACAGAAGCGAACUCUAAAGCCAAACUUGCGGCCCUCCCCCCUGCGAAGGACUUGCGUCGUCUGCUGCAGCUGGCCCGGCCGGAGAGACGGCAAGUCGUAGCUGCUAUCGGCCUCCUCCUCAUCUCCAGUGCAGUCACCAUGGCGGUGCCCUACAGCAUGGGCCGGGUCAUCGACACCAUCUACUCAGCAGUGGAACAGGGGAACCUGAUAGACAACCUGAAGUGGAUCUGUAAGAUACUGGUGGUUGUCUUCAUCGUUGGAGGAUGUGCCAAUGCAGGAAGAGUGUAUCUAAUGCAGAUGUCAGGCCAGAGGAUUGUGAACAGGUUACGCAAUGCAGUAUUUGGCUCCAUCCUGAAGCAGGAGACGGCAUUUUUUGACAAGACGCGGACGGGAGAGCUCAUCAAUCGCCUGUCUGCGGACACCGCGCUGGUCGGCUACGCCGUGACGGAAAACAUCUCGGACGGGCUGAGGUCUACAGUCGCUGUUAUAGCAGGAGUUGGAAUGAUGUUUUAUGUCUCCCCACAACUGGCAUCCAUCGUACUGACAGUGGUGCCACCAAUCAGCAUGAUCGGCAUCCUGUACGGGAGAUACGUGCGCAAGAUCACCAAACGGGUGCAGGACGCACUGGCGAAAUCCACAGAGGUAGCCGAGGAGAAGAUAGGCAACAUCCGCACAGUCAAGGCGUUUGCCAAAGAGGAUAAUGAGUGUAAAAGAUAUGCAGAGAAAAUUGCUAUCGUCGUCAACCUUGCCAAGCAGGAGUCUUUGGCAAAGGCAGCCUUCUUUGGAUCGAUGGGGAUGGCAGGGAACCUUGUAGUCCUGUCUGUGCUGUAUGGAGGAGGCAUGAUGAUGGAGAGUGCUCACAUCACUGUGGGGGACCUGUCCGCUUUCAUGCUGUACACUGGGUGGGUGGCAAUGUCUCUUGGAGGUCUGACAUCCUUCUACUCAGAACUGAUGAAGGCUAUCGGAGCAACUUCUCGCCUGUGGGAGCUGGUGGAUAGAAAACCAGAGAUAGCAAUCGAUGUUGGACAUGUACCAACUGCUGCUUCAGUGCUCGGUGCCAUCAAGUUCAACGACAUCCAGUUUGCGUAUCCCUCACGACUUGAUGUACAAGUCUUCUCCAACCUCAGCCUGUCUGUCCCUGCCGGCUCCAUAACUGCAGUGGUGGGCUCCAGUGGGUCAGGAAAAUCCACCCUCGGAUCCCUGCUACUCCGACUGUACGACCCAAAUCAAGGUUCAGUCACUAUAGAUGGAGAGGACAUCAGGAACCUGAAUCCACAGUGGCUCAGGACCUACGUGGGCACUGUGAGUCAAGAACCCAUUCUGUUCUCCUGCUCCAUCCGGGAUAACAUCACCUACGGAGCUGCUGACCCCUCAGUCAUCAGCAUAGACAAAAUCAUCCAGGCAGCCAAGGAGGCUAACGCCUUAGACUUCAUCCAAAGCUUCCCUGAUGGGUUUGAAACAGUUGUAGGGGAGAGAGGUGUCAUGCUUUCAGGUGGCCAGAGACAAAGAAUUGCAAUUGCCAGAGCACUGAUAAAGGAUCCCAAGAUCCUCCUGUUAGAUGAAGCCACCAGUGCUUUGGACGCAGAGAGCGAGUCCCUGGUGCAGGAGGCCCUGGAGAGGCUCAUGAUUGGCAGGACAGUUAUAACAAUUGCACACAGGCUGUCUACCAUCAAGAAUGCUGACACCAUCGCGGUACUUAACAACGGUGCCAUUGUGGAACAGGGAAGCUACGAGUCCCUCAUGGCCAUCCCCUCUGGCAUGUUCAGGAAACUGGUGGAGAAACAAACCAUAGUCGCACGUUAAUGGUACCAUGGCAACACAAUAAUAAAACACUGUCAAGGACAGUUAUAUGAAAAGGUCACAGAAGCUAUUAAACACGUAAAUUGAUAUCAGCUCUCGGAAAUAGGCAAAGUUAGAAGUGACUAGCAUUUAUUAAGGGUACAUAUCAGAGGUAGUUUGAUAGAUGGUGCAAUGUCUCAGAGAAUAUUUUAUCUUUACUAAAAGAAAUUAAAGCUAAGAAUUGUGAUUUGGUAAUGGCAGUUCUGGAUAGAACAAAUAUGUCACAAGACGACAACUUUGGAAUAACUCUUAAUCAUAUUCUUAUUCCACGUACGUGUGUUGUUUAGAAUCAUUAGACAUUCCCUUGCUGUAUUUUGGAUUUCAUUCCUGUCUUGUCCUAGAACAGCCCUGGAAGAAUUAAGUACGCAUACAAGUGGAUGGAGACAUUUUAUGAAUUGUGAGGGAAACCACAUUUUCUCGUAUGGCGUACACUGUGGGGCAGUACAAGUCUUGCAGGCCAAACCGUUGCCUGCAGUGAUGACACCAGAUAGAUAUG